UUUAUACAGAUUUUUGUUACGUGCGGAAAAGUUAAUACGUUUCAACGCGCGACAGUUAGGACGGAUUUAAUAUGUACUACCAUGAAAGUGGUCCCAUUUUUUUACAAGAAAUAAUCUUCUAGUCACGUCUAAAUUCGACGCUGUAACUUGGAGGUUAUGGUGCGGCGACGCGUGACAAUGUUUUAUUUUUGUAAUGAAUUAUGAAAGUAAUAGUUAUACGUUGUGACAAUAUUUUUAAUAUCUGCUAGUCUUCCAAUAAUAUAGUAAAAAUGCAGUUGAAGCCGUCUACUGAGAUUGACUUGACCGACAAGAAUUCUGUAGAUGAUGAUUUGGUUGUAAAAAGGAAAGGCGGUGGAAGUAUCAUCGAUCAUCGCCCUUUAUUUUCACAGGAUGGAGAGGUAUUAUACGUUGUACGGAAACAAACGAUUAGAUCUUAUAGUACACAAACUGGUGAUUUUGUACGAGAAUUUGAACCCUUGGAGCAUAAAAUUAGCGGGAUUUCAAUACACCCAAAUAAUACAGGAACGAUUGUUGGCUGUUCGGAAACAGCGGAUGUUGUAUUUUGGAACUGCCACAGUGGAAUUAUUGCACAGAGAUUUCACCUUGACAUUCAAAAUUUGAAUGCAAAAAUUAAAACAUUCCAUGUCGUACACUUCAGAACAACUAAUGGGAAAACUGUUUAUCGAAUCCUUGUUACCUAUUUCUCCAGAGCCAGGAAUAUCAUUUCUGUUGUCCUUUGUGACCCUCAGAGUGGGAAAUUCAUCAAGCAUAGAUAUAUACAAGCUGACUGUGAUGAUUAUCAUGUAGAUUGCAUUGGGAAUGGAGGCGACAACUUGAUUGCAGUUGCGUAUAAAAUGGAUUUACAUAUUUUAAGUCUAGGAAGAAUGUUAAAUGAUACAAUGCAUAAAACUAUGAGAACAUUUACUUGUAUUGCUGGGCACCCUAAUGAAGACUGGGUCGCAACAGGAGAUAUAAGUGGUAGAGUUUUGGUAUGGAGAGGGCUUUCAGAAAACAAACCGAUUCAUACUACGUAUCACUGGCAUACCCUACCAGUUAAAGAGAUAGCCUUUAGUAGUUCAGGGGGUUAUAUGUACACUGGAGGUAGCGAGUGUGUCCUCGUUAAAUGGACGCUUGCUAAUCCACAACAUAAGUCAUUUCUUCCACGGUUACCAGCACCUAUCAAACAUCUCAUAAUUGCACCAGAGACUCAAUAUGUUGCUGUGUCAACGCUGGACAAUGGUAUAGUCAUUGUGGAUCCACACAGAAAAUUAACUUCGAUAAUACAGAAUUUUACAUGGGGGGUCACCAUGUCAUGCCAGGAUUUAUUCCCAGCUGGCCUCACUGUCGAUCCACGAACCAACAGUCUUGUUCUCAACAGCCGUACAGGCCAUGUGCAAUUUUAUGAUCCUCACAAUAGAACUCUUUUAUAUAAUGUCAACAUAACGGCACAAAAUAUUCUGAGUCAAGAACGAAAUGCCAUUAUUGUAAAUACAGAAGUUAUGAAAGUAACAUUGAAUCAUGAUGGAACGUGGAUGGCAACGGUCGAGCAACGAGACGAUAAGUUGUCUAGCAUUGAAGUGAGACUCAAAUUCUGGAAAUUUGACGUUAACAGACAAAUCUUUGUUCUCAAUACUUCUGUCGAGCUGCCUCACGAGGAUGGUGUAACUGCUUUACAGUUUCAACCGUACACAUCAUUUAAUAGCGAUAAUCCAUUGGUGGUCACAACAGGCAGAGAUAAAAAAUUUAAAUUGUGGACUCUUGUCGAACCUACUUCGAUACAUAAAAAAUUGAAACACUGGCAGUGUCAUAGCGUUGGCUUCUACAGAAAUCUUCUUCCAACGGAUGCCACAUUCUCCAUGGAUGGUUCCCUUCUCGGAGUUGGCUUCGAUUCCACUUUGACAAUUUGGGUACCAGAGACGUGUAAACUAAAAUGCAGUCUUUCCCACAGGCACUACACUCACCCUAUAACUCACCUUGAAUUCGGUAGACACGAGGCGUGUCAUCUUGUGGUAGUUGGGUCAACUGAACAUAUAGCUGUAUGGAAUCUUUUGACUCUUACGUUAAUGUGGGGUGUACCUCUUAAACUGUCUACUCUGACGGCAGAUCCAAACUCGAUAUACAUGGCUGCCUUUACCGCUGACAAUACACUAUUUGUAUUUACUCCCCGAUCCUCGAUGCCAGUGUACACAAGAAAACAAGUUCUUGAUACAGACAGCUUCGUGUUAGGAGCCUGUUUUGUAUCACAUCUUCAAGAGAAAGGGGCUGGUAAACAAUGGCUACGAAAAUCCCAGAUCUUCUUUUUAGACUCCAAUCAGGAGCUACUUUCGUUGGAGCCAGAAUCUACAGUUACAGUGCCCCUAGAAAAUUUAUCCAUCGAUGGACAUGUACCUGCAACUGCUUUUGCAAAUUUAAUGGCAUCGCAGGUUAUUUUGACCAAGGAGAAAACCACUCCGUACGUCUACGAACAGUUCGGACUUCCUGGGAAAGGCAUGGUUGAGCAACUGACGAAUAUCCCUGCACACACGUUGCCUCCGACGAGGCUUCUCUGCACUGCGUUUCUUACUUCCUUGCUGACGGUGCCUCCGACGAAGUCCUCAAAUGAAGACUCCUCUAGGGAACCCGAUGAGGACGACGUGUUUCAGAACUCGAGGAACGAGAGCGACGACGAGGAGACAGAGAAAAAAGAGGACUCUAAGAAAUCUCUUUCUCUCCUGGUGGACGCUGUCGAUGAGGCUUCUGACCAGGCUCUCGUUAAUCACGAUUGGAGUUUCCUUUCCUCUUUGCUCCCUAGCGAUGAAGGCUGAUUUGGAAGUCGUAAGUUCCUCCAAUAAUCAUGCGACUUGCUCGACUUCCAUCUGAAGAAUCAUUAAUGACACCCCUGUGGCAUCGUUGACUAAUUGUCAUGUACUGUAAGAUUUCGAGGAUUAUCUCUGUGACGCAUUGCUCAGGAUCGGUGGUAUCUGUAUGUCAUUUAAAAAAUUAAGUUUACGUGUUUACCAACGCUGCAUGGCAUAACCCGGACUACGUGUAGGUGGGGUGAAGUGAAUCGUGUAUGUAUUGGUUCUUGGUUUAUUGGCGUAAAAAAUUAAUAAAUAUACGUUGUGAAUAUGAA